UGUUACAUGAUGGCUUGUUAAAUGAAUGAAUCCUCGCAGAUAUUGAUGUAUUUACAAUUAUGUAACGUUGCUGGAAGGGUUCAGGCUCAUUUCCUGAGAGCCUUGUGUUGUCAAGGCUACAGAAUUUGAAAAGCUCUAACGUUAGCAAACAACACUUUACUAACUUCAGGCAACAUCAAUGUUUAUGUUAGGCUAGUCUAGCAGCCAUCGUCAGGCAGGCACAUCUUGCCAACGUUCCCUGAAGUUGUCAGCAGCCUGACCCAAAAAUGUCUCUAGCACAGAGGGUGUUCCUGACGUGGAUAUUUACACUGGCCUUCCUCAUCAUGCUGGUGCUGAAGCUCGAUGAGAAAAUCCACUGGAACUGGUUUCUCAUAUUUCUUCCUGUGUGGACAUUUGACACUAUUCUCCUCCUGAUGAUCAUUGUUAAAAUGGUGGGCCGCUGCAAGCCAGGUUUUGAUCCACACAAUGCUACCCAGGACCUGAAGAAGAGGAUUUGGUACCUGGUGGCCAUGCUUCUAAAAUUGGCCUUUUGUCUGACACUUUGUGCCAGACUUGAGAAUCUAACAAACAUAUUCUUGAGUUUUGUACUCGUCCCUCUCUGGGCACUCAUGAUUGGGGCCAUGGUGGAACUUGGCUACAAUGUAUUUCAUUUCAGAAGAGACUGAAAACUUGUUUUUUAGCUACAGUAAGUGAAAUCACAGCUGAAAUCACAGGUUUUCUGCUGUUGACUUGAACUGUCUAUGUUCAAACAUUACAUUUCAUCCUCUCAGCAGCAUAGUAGGCCUUUUUGACCAAAGAGACCAAAAGUGAUGAAAAAGAGACAUGGCUUGGCAUGAUUCAUUAGGGAUUGUACGUAGUGAGCAGACUCAACAUUUUGGAUUCAGUCUGAAACGGUAUGUGCGUGCUGUAGGGCAGCGUAUGUUUUAACAUACACAAAGGAUGCACACACGUACGCACACACACACACACAUGCUUUAUGCUGCACAUGUGCGGAUCUGCCCAUGUCUUCCAGCUCCUGUCAUGGCUGCACUGCUGUGUCAUAUGCUGCGGUGGCUGGAUGCAUUGUCUUGAUUUCUAUUCACUGCAGUGGGAGUGUGACUUGAGGGAAGGCUGUAAACCACUGCUUGACACUGGUCUUAUAAUUUUUUAAAUUAUGUUGACUCCUAAAACUUUGACAUGCAGUAAUGCUUCGAUGUGUCCCACUGCUGUGUGUUUUAUGCAUUUAAGACUGGCAUUUGGUUUACAUUUACUGAAGUAAAGAUAUUUAAUAAUGUCUUGUAGACAUCUGGGAGACUGGUUGAUCUUAAACUAUAGCCUUAUUUAUGAAAUGUAUGUUUCGUGCAUUGUAACCUAAAUAAAAUGUGUCGUUACCACAGAAUGUUUGCUAUACCUUGUCUCCACCAGUAGGUUGUACUCUUGCCCUGUGUGCAAUUGUGCAACGCAGAAAAAAAGACAAGUCUGUAAGUUUUGUAAUUUAACCCAUGUGAGCACCAAAAACAUUUUUAUUGUUUCUGAUUUUCAACUAAUGUGCAUCAACCAGAAUUGUUUACAGUUCUGCUGGUUUAGGCUGCUUCACUGAUCGCUGUCAGACAUUUAUUUACAUUUAAACAAAUUUUAUAUUCCCUCUACAAAAGAACAAACACUUAAUUAAAUCACCUUGAAACACACCUGUAAUGUCAGAAAACCUUGAUCACUGUAGAACUUAUAAUAAAUCCUAAAGAUCA